UGCGGCCCGGCGGGUGCCGCGGGGAGCCCCAGCCCGCGGGGGCGGUGCCGCCCGGCCCGGCUCCGGCAGCGCCGAGCCCCACGGCACCUGGAGGCGGCGCCGCCCCGGCCCAGGAAGGGAGCGACCGGCGGGGCGGGAGAGGAGCGGCCGGAGCCGGCGGGACGGCCCCGCAGAGGCCGCAGGGCUCUGCCGGCAGCGGCCAUGGCUUUCGGGAAGGCUCCGAAGGAUCCUUUCGCCACCGCCGUGGGCAGCCUGGUGGAGCGGGCGACGUUCGGAGCGCUGCAGACGGAGGAGUGGGGACAGUUCAUGCACAUCUGCGACGUGAUCAACGCCACCGAGGAGGGGCCCAAAGAUGCAGUGAAGGCAUUGAAGAAAAAGCUCUCCAAAAACUGUAACCAUAAGGAGAUCAGGCUCACCCUGUCUCUGCUUGAGAUGUGCAUGGAGAACUGUGGCCCAAGAUUCCAGUCUUUGGUUGUGAAGAAAGAUUUCUGCAAAGACAAGCUGGUGAAGCUCCUGAAUCCAAGAUAUAAUCUGCCCAUUGACCUGCAGGAGAAGAUCUUGACCUUCAUCAUGACGUGGGCCCAUGGUUUCCAAGGAAUGGUGGAUGUCAGCGAAGUCAAAGAGGUUUAUCUGGAGCUGCUGAAGAAAGGAGUGGAGUUCCCAUCCUCUGACCCCAGCAGGAGGGCACCUAAGACUCCAGCUCAGCCUUCUAUAAAGCCAUCAGCACCUUCUGCCAGUCCUGCCAAACGUUCUUUCCUGCCUCUCCCUGCAGGCCCAACCUUACUGUUGACUCCUGAGCAGAUUGGGAAGCUGAACAGCGAGCUGGACAUGGCCAGAAUGAACGUGAGAGUCAUGUCCUCCAUCCUGAGAGACAAUACUCCUGGCUCUGAGAACCCAGAUGACAUGAAUCUGCUACAGAAACUGUAUAAAACCUGUCGGAUGAUGCAGGAGAGGAUCAUGGAGCUACUGGUGUCAGUGGAAAAUGAAGAUGUGAUAGUGGAGUUAAUUCAGGUCAAUGAAGAUCUGAACAAUGUUCUCCUGGGACAUGAAAGGUUCUCUCGGAACAGAGUUCGCUUCCUGGAGAACCAGAGGAUCCAGCGGGAGCGCUCCCAGCUGUACAGGAAGCAGCCAUCUGCUCCCUCAAGUGAUCUGCUUGACCUCUCCAUGGAGCCUCCAUCUCCUGCAUCAGCACUGGUGCCAACAGACUCUGCAGUGGCUCCUUCAGGCCUCAAUGGCACAUCUGCACAGCCUGAAGAUCAAGCCAGGCACCAUCCAUCAAUGUAUCCCCAGCUAGAUUCAGCAACUGCUGCCAAAGCUCAUCCAUUCCCGUUUGCAGCUGAGGCACAGAACAGCAGUGUCAGCACCCCAGCUGGGCACACCUACAGCAAUCUGGCCACUCUCUUAAGCCCAGUGCCUCUGAAUCCAGUCAGCCUGCAGAGUGGACAAAGUGCAUCAAGCAACGGAGCACCACCAGCAGCUGUGUCCAAGAACAAGUCACAAGCCUCUCAUUACUACGAGAUCAUGGAAUUUGAUCCCUUGGCUCCCACUGAAGCCAUUUAUGAGGACAUUGAUGCUGUGCUGAAGACAGAGGUUAAGAAGAGCACAGAAUGCUGAGGGUGGAGAUGAGGCCUCUGUGAUGCUGGUGCCAUGCAGCACUUCUGUGCCCUAGGAGUGGACACCAGAGCAGUGCUUAUCUGGACACAACACUCCAAGCAUUGGAAUCCUGAGCUGGGUGGAGGUUGAAGCUCCUUGGAUCUACACCUUGAUAGUUUGUCCUAACUGUUCAGCUCUGCACUCUUGAAUGACUCUUUCCAAGGUAUUUUGAGGGCCUUUAGAAUCUGAUUUCCAGAUUCAGCUGCCUGUGGAGCAGUGCUUGGCCCCAAGUACACCAAAAGGCCUCUUGCAGUUAGCAGAACAAAAUUUUCCUUUCCAGUUGGCUCUUCCUUUGUGUUCCUGAGCCCUUUGUGCAGCAAAGCAGUCAGAAUGUUGUGUUUACAGAAGCUGCAGAAUCCAGUUUGUAGUUUGGCCUCCU